AUGGCUGCACCUGCUGUGAACCAGUAUGUGGUCGGUCGGCCACUGGUACUAGGGCUAGCGAAGGUGCUUUUGCUUGCGAUCGCGCAGCUUCCUCUUAUCUCUGCCGCGCCCGCUCGUUUUCAACCGCAAGUCUCGGAAACAGAUCCAAAGUCCCCAGAUGACCCUGGCCUAUGGCUGAACUUGGGCAUCGCUGCCGCCUUGGUUCUUUGCGGUGGCGCCUUCGCUGGGUUGACGAUUGCGUUGAUGGGCCAGGACGAGGUCUAUCUACAAGUUAUUAAAUCUUCUGGCGAGGAAUCAGAGAGAAGGAAUGCAGCGAGUGUGUUGCACCUGCUACAGAAAGGAAAACAUUGGGUACUGGUGACUUUGCUUCUCAGUAAUGUGAUCACAAACGAAACACUGCCAAUUGUGCUCGACAGAUCGCUUGGUGGAGGCUGGCCCGCAGUGCUGGGGAGUACAGUCCUAAUUGUUAUUUUCGGAGAAAUCGUUCCUCAGUCGAUAUGCGUCCGUUAUGGCCUCCCUAUCGGUGCUUGGAUGGCUCCCGCUGUUCUCGUCCUCAUGUAUGUUAUGUCUCCGGUGGCAUAUCCUGUCGCCAAAUUGUUGGACAGACUACUCGGCGAGGAUCAUGGCACCAUCUAUAAGAAGGCGGGAUUGAAGACCUUGGUCACCCUACACAGAACUUUGGGCCAUGCGGGCGAACAGUUGACUUCCGACGAAGUAACAAUCAUCAGUGCAGUACUGGAUCUGAAGGAGAAAUCUGUCGGAGGCAUCAUGACUCCCAUGGAAGAUGUUUUCACCAUGUCUGCUGAUACUGUUCUCGAUGAGACGACCAUGGAUUUGAUCCUCUCACAGGGUUACUCGCGCAUCCCUAUCCACGUACCGGAGAAUCCGAUGAACUUUGUUGGAAUGCUCUUGGUUAAGAUGCUCAUUACUUAUGACCCCGAAGAUUGCAAGAAAGUCAGAGACUUCGCGCUCGCGACUCUUCCCGAGACCAGACCGGAAACCAGCUGUUUGGAUAUUGUGAACUUUUUCCAGGAAGGGAAAUCCCACAUGGUCCUCGUCUCUGAUAAUCCGGGUGAAGAUCACGGCGCUUUGGGUGUUGUAACUCUGGAAGAUGUCAUCGAAGAGCUGAUUGGCGAGGAAAUUAUCGACGAGUCGGACGUCUUUAUUGAUGUUCAUAAGGCUAUCAGGAGAAUGGCCCCUGCUCCCCGGUCCCGAGUCCUGAAGGGUCGCUUCGUAGAGGAGUCGCCGCAAACAUUGAUGGUGCCUGAGGGCGAGCUCAUCGACACAACUGACCAAUUCAAUUCUCCUCCCUCGAAUACGACAGACAAUGUUCUGCGCCGGAGUUCCAUCGAAGCGCCCCCCCCACGAUUCCAGUUGCGCAAACAAUUAACGGACAGAAACGCCGACCCGUCUCAUGGAUGGAUCACACAAAGAGGAGCUACCGACGAGAUUCGUGAACAUCUCAAGCAUUUGGGUCCUUCGAAUCUGGCGAGCCGUCCCCGCGAAACUCGGUACCAAAAUGUCAAGAUCAAACGAAACAGCAGAUCACCCAAUGGCUCAGGCUUAGGUGAUUCCGAUUCUACUCAGACCAUCAUCGAUCCGGGUAUCACAUCAGCCGGCUACCAAGGAGGAAUUGGAGCCGGAAUUCUGCACUCGGGAGGGGUUGAUGCAAAAGACGGUGUUCACGCUGUCAAGCUGGGAUAUGGUGCCUACGGCUCCGCCGAUGGGCUGAGCAAAAGCACCAGCGCAGAGCAAUACAAGGAUCUCCCCAGCGUGGCGAUACCGGAGGUUGUCCACGAAGAAGAGGACGAAGCAGUGGCCAAUGCCUCUCAGCAAAGAAGUAACGCCAGCGCCCAUUCGUCAGACUCCCAAUCCAGCGACCGUUUGCGACGGACUUAUCUUCACAGGGGCCCGGCGCGGAGCGGCAGCAUUACAGAGCAGAUCAUAGAUGUCAAUGGAGUGCGCAAAGUUAUUCUCCACACUCACAGUAGUGCCUCGGAGAACGAAUCGCAAGAGCACUCCACAAACGGCCGCCGACACCGUCACCAGCACUCAGCCGAUGAAAAUACACACCAAGAUGAAUCCACUAAGACGACCAAGAAGAAAAGACGCAAGAGAAGACGCGGACAUGGCAGCCACAAAUCUGGUGAAGAGCAGUUGUUAAUACCGGAAUGA